AUGGAAGGUGAUAGUUCCUCAAGCAAGAAGAGGGCACCCUAUGAUGAUUAUGGCUUUACGGAUUUUAUUUUUUCUUGGUCCAUUGAAGACAUUCUCAAUGAAGAACUGUACAAAAACCAGGUACAGAAGAUUGAGCUAUCGUUUCAGUCCAUUGAUCAUUAUCUUGGGUCUUACAAGUACCCUUUAUUGGAAGAAACUCGAGCGCAACUAUGCUCAAAUAUGGACAUGAUAUACCAAGCACCAUUUGCUGAAGUCAUUGGCCUUGAGGAGGCUAAACCGUUUGGAAAGAAACUCUACAAUUUUAAAAUUGAUAGCUGGAAAAACAGGUUUACUCAUCCUGGAGAGCCAUACAAAAUAUUACCUGGGGAUGUUCUAGUUUUGGCUGAUUAUAAACCUGAAACUGCACGAGAUAUGCAAAGGUUUGGAAGGACUUGGAGUUUUGUGUCAGUUGUCAAGACAACUGAAGAUGAGAAUGAUGAUAACAUGUCUGUUUAUUUUAAAGUAAAGACAUCAAAAGAUAUUGACACCAGUAAACUAAGGAAGGAAUCUCUAUUUCUUGUUUUCUUGACAAAUAUAAGUCCUAACAGAAGAAUUUGGAGCGGGCUUCACAUGUCUGGUAAUUUGAAGCUAGUCAAGCAAAUCUUAUGCACUGAGUUUAAGGAAAAUUGUAAUUACAGCUCUGAGGGUGAUGCUGUGUGGGAUGACUGUUCAUAUCGAUGGUUGUCUUCAGAACUUAAUGAAUCCCAAUAUAAGGCAAUUUGCGCAUGUCUUUCUGGCAUUCAUUGCAAUCACAACUCCACUGUGAAACUCAUUUGGGGUCCACCAGGGACUGGAAAGACAAAAACUUUGGGGACAUUGCUUUUUGCUCUAUUGAAAAUGAAAUAUAGAAUCCUUGUGUGUGCCCCAACAAAUGUAGCUAUCAAAGAAGUGGCUGCACGUGUUUUGAGUAUUGUGAGAGAGUUACAUUGUAGAGAAUCUGAUGAUUUGUUCUGUUCCACGGGAGAUAUGCUGUUAUUUGGGAACAAUGAGAGGCUCAAGAUUGGUGAAGAUGUUGAAGAUAUUUAUUUGGAUUGUCGUGUGCAAGAGCUCACGAAAUGCUUUUCACCUUCUAAUAAUGGUUGGAGUUCAUGCAUUGAAUCAAUGAUUGAUCUUCUGAAAAAUUGUGUUUUUAAUUAUCAUAUAUUCAUUGAGAAUGAGAUGAUAAGAGAGAAGACAAUAAACAGAAAAAGCUCAGAUUGUAGCCAGAGAAAACUCAAAUCAUUUAUAGAGUUUGUGAGAGAAAGGUUUCUUUUAAUCGCAUUGCCACUAAAAUCCUGCAUUUCUAUCUUAUGUACACAUGUAGCUAUGUGUAUGUUGGAACAUAACUUUCAGAAUUUGGUCUGCUUAAAUAAGGCACUUGAUUCAUUUCAAGAUUCGUUGUUUGAAAAAUGUUUGCUUAGUGAAGGGUUGGAAAAGCAUUUUUCUGAUCUAAAAAUAUCAGAGAAUUCUUCUUGGUCAGAUAAUGCUGCACACCAAGUGUACCAAAAAAGAAAUGAAUGUCUAUCUGCUUUAAUAAGGGUAAAAGAUUCUCUUGGUAGACUCAAGUUGAAAAAAUCUUUUAACAAGGAUUCAAUUAGAGAGUUUUGCUUCCAAACUUCAUCAUUAAUAUUUUGCACAACUUCUGGCUCCUAUAAGCUACACUCUGUGGCCAUGAAGCCACUGAACAUUUUGGUCAUAGAUGAAGCUGCACAGUUAAAAGAGUGUGAAUCAAUAAUACCAAUGCUACUUCCAGGAAUUAGCCACUCCAUUCUUGUUGGUGAUGAAUGUCAACUUCCUUCUAUGGUUAGAAGUAAUGUUUCUUAUGAGGCUGGUUUUGGGAGAAGCUUAUUUGAGAGGCUGAGCUCAUUGGAUCACCCUAAGCACCUUCUUAACAUGCAGCAUAGAAUGCACCCGGAAAUAAGUUUAUUUCCAAAUUCGUUUUUCUAUUUUAACAAAAUUCAGGAUGCACCAAAUGUUCAAGGAAAUAACCACAGGAAGCAAUAUCUUCCACAGCCAAUGUUUUGUCCAUAUUCUUUUAUAAAUGUAAUUGGGGGAAGAGAACAAUUUGAUGAUGCUGGACGAAGCUAUAAGAAUAUGGCUGAGGUAGCAGUUGUCAUCACAAUACUGAAGAAUUUGUACAAAGCAUGGUUAACAUCAAAGGAGAAGGAGAAACUCUGCAUUGGUAUAGUGUCUCCAUAUAAUGGCCAAGUGGUUGCAAUUCAACAGAAACUUGGAAAGAUGUAUGAGAGCCAUGAUGGAUUUAAGGUGAAUGUGAAAUCAAUUGAUGGUUUCCAAGGUGGUGAGCAGGAUGUGGUUAUAUUAUCAACUGUAAGAACCAAUAACAGGACAUCUCUUGAGUUCAUUGCCUCUCCGCAAAGGACUAAUGUUGCUCUUACAAGGGCCAGGCACUGUUUAUGGAUUCUGGGGAAUGAAAGGGCCCUAACAAGUAAUGACAAUGUUUGGAAGGCUGUGGUGCUUGAUGCCAUGAAUCGUAAAUGUUUCUUUAAUGCAGACCAAGACAUGGAACUGGCGAAAGCUAUCAUGGAUGCAAAGAGAGAGAUGGAUCAAUUUGAUGAUUUGCUUGAUACCAAUAGUGUCCUUUUUAGAAAUGCUAUGUGGAAGGUUCAUUUCAGUGGUAAAUUCCUAAGAUCAUUCAAAAGGCUGCGAUCAGAACAAUCCAAGAACAUGGUUAUAAACCUUUUACAAAGACUUUCUAGUGGGUGGAGGCCUAAAAGGACUAGUACAGAAUUGUCUUGUGAAAAUUCAUCACACAUUUUGAAACAAUUCAAGGUAGAAAGUCGCUAUGUUAUUUGUUCAAUAGACAUAGUCAAAGUUUCAAGGUAUAUUCAGGUUUUGAAAGUAUGGGACAUUUUGCCGUUAGAGGAUAUUCCAAAAUUGGUUAAGCGCCUUGACAGUGUAUUUGGAAGAUACACUGAUGAAUACAUAAGUCUUUGCAAAGAGAAAUGUUUUGACAGGAACAUAGAGUUUCCUUUGAGUUGGCCAGUCUCUGCCAAUAUCCAAAAAUUUAAGAAUGUUAAUAAUGCAAAUAAGGGAGAUUUGAAUGCUUUUGAAGAUAAAUGUUUCGCUGAAAACUCGAAGUUUGAGGAGAGUAUGUUGUUAAUUAAGUACUGCUCCUUCCAUGAUGGUUUAGUAGUCGAUCUUCCGUUUGAGCUAACAGAUGAAGAACGUGACAUAAUCCUCUUCCCUCAAAGUGCAUUUGUACUGGGUCGCUCUGGAACUGGAAAAACUACAGUUUUGACCACUAAGCUGAUUCAAAAUGAAAAAUUGCACCAUUUGGCAGUUGAAGCAGCAUAUGGUUCCAAUAGUUAUGCAAAUCCUGACAAACAGUCUAAGGAGAUUGCUGCUGAGACUGAAAGACCAGUGCUACGACAGUUAUUUGUGACAUUGAGUCCUGGACUCUGUCUAGAAGUCAAACAUCAUGUUUCUCGUUUGAAAAGGUCCCUUUGUGAAGGAAGUUCAAUUGAUGAAGAUAUUGGUGAUUCAUUAAUUCAAUUUAAGGAUAUCCAAGAUUCCUUUUUUGAUCUCCCAUCCGACCUCUAUCCUCUUGUGAUAACAUUUCGUAAAUUUUUGCUGAUGCUUGAUGGGACAUUGAGUAAUUCUUAUUUUAAGAGAUUUUGUGAUCCCAAGAAGAAUUCUUCUUACAGUCAGAACCAUGGAUUAAGUUCAGUUGAGUUGGAGACUAUCAUAAUGAGGAAGGAAGUGAAUUAUGAAAGGUUUGAUUCAUUAUAUUGGCCUCAUUUUAAUUCCCAAUUCAGUAAGAAGUUGGAUUCUUAUCAAGUGUUCACCGAAACAAUGUCACAUAUAAAAGGUGGAAUAAGAGCUGUUAAGUUAAGCCGGGAGGACUAUUAUACUUCAUGUGAAAGCCGAACAUCAAGUUUGAGCAUGAAGACAAGAGAAAUGAUAUAUGAUAUAUUUCAAAAUUAUGAAAAAAUGAAGAUGCAAAAUGGUGAAUUUGAUUUGACUGAUAUUGUAAUUGAUCUCCAUAGUAGACUAAGGACGGAAAGAUACCGGGGUGAUGAAAUGAACUUUGUGUAUAUUGAUGAAGUGCAGGAUCUAACAAUGGCUCAAAUUGCUUUGUUUAAACAUGUCUGUAGAAAUGUAAAAGAGGGUUUUGUUUUUUGUGGAGAUACAGCACAGACUAUUGGAAGAGGCAUUGAUUUUAGAUUCCAAGAUGUAAGAUCCCUUUUUUAUAAGAACUUUGUGCUAGAAUCUAAGACUUGGGGUCAUGACAAAAGAAAAGAGAAGGCACAUAUUUCUGAUAUUUUUUUGUUGAGUCAGAACUUUCGCACUUGUGCUGAGGUGCUGAAAUUAUCACAAAGUGUCAUUGAACUUCUGUUUCAUUUUUUUCCUUAUUCUGUUGAUAUGUUGAAGGUGGAGAAUAGUUUGAUACAUGGGGAAGCCCCAGUUGUGCUAGAAUCUAAAAACAGAGAAAAUCCAAUUGUAACAAUUUUUGGUGAAAGUGGAUGGAAGGGUGGGAGUAAUUGCGAAUUUGGGGCAGAACAAGUAAUUUUGGUACGAGAUGAUUCUUCCAGGAAGGAAAUCAUGCAAUAUGUAGGAAACCAAGCUCUUGUUUUAACCAUUUUAGAGUGCAAGGGCCUUGAGUUUCAGGAUUUGAUGCUGUAUAAUUUUUUUGCUUCUUCACCUUUGAAAAGGCGAUGGGGGGUAAUAUAUGAAUAUAUGAAGGGAAAGCAUUUGUUGGACUCUAGAGCACAUAGAAGUUUUGAUGAUUCCAAGCACAAUGUUUUGUGCUCUGAGCUCAAGCAAUUAUAUGUUGCUUUAACUCGUGCAAGGAAGAGAUUGUGGAUUUGUGAGGAUGCAGAAGAGUUUUCUAGACCUAUGUUUGACUAUUGGAAAAAGAAGAAUCUUGUCCAAUGCAAAAAUCUAGAUGCUUCACUUGCCGAGAAAAUGAAGGAGGCAAGCACUACAGAAGAAUGGAAGUCAAGGGGAAUGAAGCUGUAUUUUCAAAAUAAUCAUGACAUGGCAACCGUGUGUUUUGAAAGAGCUGGGGACUCAGAAUGGGUGAAAAUAUCUAAGGCUGCUGGUCCCAGAGUUACAGCAAAUAUCACGUGUUGA